AUAGCUAGCUGGCUACACUACUCCAGUAGCUACAGUACUGCAACAGAACCCUUCCUGCUCGCCGCGCCCUUCCCUUCCGCAGCAGCAGGCCCAACGAAUGAAUGAAGGACAACAACACGACAACAAUAAAACUGCACAGCACCGACAAAGUUUCCUUGUAAGAACUGGAAGAAGUAGUCGCCAAGCGCAGCAUCUCGACACUCUUCGGUACCAAGAGAGCAGACCUGGUGUGCUUUUUCAAAGGAGAAGAUCGAGUUGCACAUCACCACUAAGUGUUGAAAAUGGAAGACUUUGGCAGGAGUAAUAGUUUCAUGGACGAUCCGAGCGACCUUGGUUUAGGAGAGAACUUCUUUGAAGACAAUAGCGACUUAGGCCGCGUCUUCGAAGAAGAAGAUGGUGGGGGUCGUAGGGGGCAGAAUUCCUCAGCGCAGAACAAAUCAAAGCAAAAAAACGAGGACGAAGAUGGUGAUGGUGAAGCAGCUGCUGGGAAUGAGUCAGGGGACACCAAACUGAAGUUGGAAGAAGAGGGCUCUGAUGGCGGCGACAAAAUCAAUAAACCAGACGACAAUGACAACAAUAAGGAUGCCGUUGAAACAAAAGGCAACGAAGAAAAUGACGAUGACGAGCCAUUUAAUAACAGACAAUCAUCCAAUAACGAUGCUGUAGGUGACAGUGAUGGCGGGGGGCCUCCACCGCUUUGGCACAACGACGAUGUUGACAAACUGCACCGAGAAGCCAUGAUCCGAGAAAUAGCGAAACUUCUCAAAGCUAGGAAGAAAUCGGCGCCGACCAAAGAAUGGAUGCAGCAAUUGCCACACAAGGCACGGGUGCUAGAAGAUCGUCUUUACAAAAAGGCCCAGUCCUUGGAAGCAUAUCUGGACCGAGCCAGUUUGAAAAAUAGAUUGCGAACUCUCGCCGUCACAAUCACUGCACAUUACAAAAAGUCUUCCAAAGAUAAAAAAGGAUCUACGAAGGGUGCCCCCACCGACACGGAGCCUUUGGGCAACCGCCGGGAUUCUAUAUUAUCGAACGCGGCGUCGGCGUCUUCCCAAGUUAGCUCUCUUGAUCCACCAAUGAUGGGAACCUCAGGUCAAAGCUCGGACAGUGCACCAUCAUCCGCUCCAGGGCAGCUCCCAAAUAUUCCAGAGAUGUCUUCGCCGCAACUCGGAAGCGAUGGCCAAGUGAUUCCGCCAGAUAUGGCCAUGUCGGAGCUAGCAAGACAAAAGCAAGUAAACGAAGACUUGCAGAAGCAGAUCAUGGAGAACAUUCGGCAGCAACAGCAAUUGGUUCAUUCCAUACGGCGCGGCAGCAAUUCUUCACAGGGUGGCAACCUUAACCCGAGUAGUAAUUCUUCUUCAAAUGCCCAGGGGAACGAAACGAAUUCGUCCUCUGUGAACGGUGUGUCCAGCCUCAACCAACAAGGGGAUCGCGGGCACAGCAUGUCAGGACAGAUGAAAAAGAUGCAGAAUGCAAGACAACGGCAAAGCACCACCGAGAAUCAAAUGGAUGACAUGCAAGGUUCCCAAUUCCCCAACGGUCGGGGUGAUGGCAUGAACCAUCGAGGAUCCAAUGCCUCAGGAAUGGCGGAGGCAUCCUUCGAGGCCCAGACAUCUCUAAUGAGACAAGCGUCAUCGUCUAACCCUUCGGGUUCAGGUUUCAAUGCUGCUCAACUUGCUAUGAUGCGACGACAGUCUGGGUCCAUGUCUGGCGCCGCCGAAAUGAACAUGCAACAACAACAAAACAUGCAAGCAGCCAUGAUGAGACGAAAUUCUGGGGUGGGACAUCAAGGCCUUGGAGGACCCGCUCAAUUUCAAGCACAGCAAGCGGCCAUGAUGCAGUCCAACUCCCAUGCUCAAAACCAAGCUGCAGCACAGAUGCAGAUGCAGGCUGCUUUGAUGAGCUCGAAUCAGUUCAACAUGGCUCAGGCGCAAGCUGCCAUGAUGGCUGCUGGAGCGAACCCUAUGAACCCUCAAGCACAGGCCGCUCUGAUGCGACAAAUGUCGGGCAAUCCAAUGAAUGGACAAUCUGCGAAUCCACAAGCAGCACUCAUGGCGCAAGCGUCGUUAGGCAACAAUCCCAAUAUGCCACAUGGGGCCGCAAUGAUGGCCAAUGGCGGAAUGGCGAAUCAAGCCAUGAUGGGCGGGGGGAUGCCGAACGGACAAAUGAUGGCUGCUUUUGCCAACAACCAGCAAAUGCUUCAAAAUGCUGGAAUGAUGCCCAUGAACGGAAUGGGGAUGCCGCAGAACAUGGCACAGUUUGCUAGUAUGCAACAGCAGAUGGGCAUGGGUCCUGGUAUGAUGGGGAUGGGCGGAAACGACGGCAACUUCCCCAACGGUAUGAAUUUUCAGGCCAAAAAAGGCGGUGGAAACAUGGGCGUCGAAUCGCAGAACUCAUUCAACUGGUAAUUGUGCUCAAAGAAUAGACCAACAAUGGACUCUACUGCUCGUUCGAACU